GGUGGGGGAGGAGGGCCGCGCCCCCUCCCCUAGACUUCCGCGUGCCCCUCCUCUCGGCUCCUGCCAGUACUUUCUGCUCACUUCUGGCGCUGCAAAACGCCACGCGAUUUAUUCGAUUCGUCUUUUAAAACUAGCGAUUCAGGAGCUGGGCCUAGGGCGAGGGUCUUCUAGCUCUGGAGCCCUGAGGGGCGGGGUGCUCAGUGCAAACCUCGUUGCCUCCGCGAGUGUCGACUGCAGGCUGUUAUUUGCAAAGAAACGUCUUUUUGACGCAGAGAGAAAUGGCAAAUUUUAAAUGGAAGAGAAGAGGCGAAAAUACUCCAUCAGCAGCGACAACUCUGACACCACUGACAGCCACACUACAUCUGCAUCAAGAUGCUCCAAACUGCCCAGCAGCACCAAGUCGGGCUGGACCCGCCAGAACGAAAAGAAGCCCUCAGAGGUUUUUCGGACAGACUUGAUCACAGCCAUGAAGAUCCCGGACUCAUACCAGCUCAGCCCGGAUGACUACUACAUCCUGGCGGAUCCAUGGCGACAGGAGUGGGAGAAAGGUGUGCAGGUGCCCGCUGGGGCAGAGGCCAUUCCAGAGCCUGUGGUGAGGAUCCUGCCAUCGCUGGAAGGCCCCCCUACCCAGGUGUCCCUGAGCAGCUCCGAACUUGGUGAGGGCUCCCAGCCUGAUUGGCCAGGGGGCAGCCGCUAUGACCUGGACGAGAUUGAUGCCUACUGGCUGGAGCUCAUCAACUCAGAGCUCAAGGAGAUGGAGAGGCCGGAGCUGGACGAGCUGACCUUAGAGCGUGUGCUGGAAGAGCUGGAGACACUGUGCCACCAGAACAUGGCACGGGCCAUCGAGACGCAGGAGGGGCUGGGCAUCGAGUAUGAUGAGGAUGUGGUCUGUGACGUGUGCCGCUCUCCCGAAGGCGAGGAUGGCAACGAGAUGGUCUUCUGUGACAAGUGCAAUGUCUGUGUGCACCAGGCCUGCUACGGGAUUCUCAAGGUGCCCACGGGCAGCUGGCUGUGCCGGACGUGCGCCCUGGGUGUCCAGCCAAAGUGCCUGCUCUGCCCCAAGCGAGGAGGAGCCCUGAAGCCCACCAGGAGUGGAACCAAGUGGGUGCACGUCAGCUGUGCCCUGUGGAUUCCUGAGGUCAGCAUCGGCUGCCCCGAGAAGAUGGAGCCCAUCACCAAGAUCUCACACAUCCCAGCCAGCCGCUGGGCUCUGUCCUGCAGCCUCUGCAAGGAGUGCACAGGCACCUGCAUCCAGUGCUCCAUGCCUUCCUGCGUCACAGCGUUUCACGUCACAUGCGCCUUUGACCAUGGCCUAGAAAUGCGGACUAUAUUAGCCGACAACGACGAGGUCAAGUUCAAGUCCUUCUGCCAGGAGCACAGUGACGGGGGCCCACGGGGUGAUCCCACAUCCGAACCUGCAGAGCCUAGCCCAGCCGGUGAGGACCUAGAAAAAGUGACCCUAAGAAAGCAGCGGCUGCAGCAGCUGGAGGAAGACUUCUAUGAGCUGGUAGAGCCAGCUGAGGUGGCUGAGCGGCUGGACCUGGCAGAGGUGUUGGUUGACUUCAUCUACCAGUACUGGAAGCUGAAGAGGAAAGCCAAUGCCAACCAGCCGCUGCUGACCCCCAAGACCGACGAGGUGGACAACCUGGCCCAGCAGGAGCAGGACGUGCUCUACCGCCGCCUCAAGCUCUUCACACACCUGCGGCAGGACUUGGAGAGGGUUAGAAAUCUGUGCUACAUGGUGACAAGGCGCGAGAGAACGAAACACGCCAUCUGCAAACUCCAGGAGCAGAUAUUCCACCUGCAGAUGAAACUUAUUGAACAGGAUCUGUGUCGAGAGCGGUCUGGGAGGAGAGCAAAGGGCAAGAAGAACGACUCGAAAAGGAAAGGCCAUGAGGGCCCGAAGGGCAGCCCCGAGAAGAAAGAGAAAGUGAAGGCUGGGCAUGAGUCUGUCCUGGGGCAGCUGGGCCUGUCCACUCCAUUUCCCAUCGACGGCACCUUCUUCAACAGCUGGCUGGCGCAGUCGGUGCAGAUCACAGCAGAGAACAUGGCCAUGAGUGAGUGGUCACUGAACAAUGGACACCGCGAGGACCCUGCCCCAGGGCUGCUGUCGGAGGAGCUACUACAAGAUGAAGAGACGCUGCUCAGCUUCAUGCGAGACCCCUCGCUGCGACCUGGAGACCCUGCCAGGAAGGCCCGUGGCCGCACCCGCCUGCCGGCCAAGAAGAAGCCGCCACUGCCACAGAAUGGGCCAGGGCCACAGACAACUCCAGACAAAUCCCCCAAGAAGCCCUGGGGCCAGGAUGCUGGCAGCGGCAAGGGGGGUCAAGGGCCACCUGCCAGGAAACCACCACGGCGGACACCUUCUCACGUGCCGUCUAGCCCUACGGUCGGGGACUGUCCCAUCCCAGCAGCUCCUGAGAGCCCCCCACCACUGGCCCCUGAGACCCCGGACGAGGCAGCCCCCGUGACUGCUGACUCGAAUGUCCAAGUGCCUGGCCCUACAGCAAGCCCCAAGCCCUUGGGCCGGCUCCGGCCACCCCGUGAGAGCAAGGGAAGCCGGAGAUCGCUGAGUACCAGGCCAGAUGCCGGGACAGGACCACCUUCUGCUGUGGCCGAAAGGGCAAAGGUCAGGCUACGCUUCGACACUGAGACUGAUGGCUACUUCUCGGAUGGGGAGACGAGCGACUCAGACAUAGAGGCCAAGGACAGUGGGGUGCAGCGGGGUCCCCGGGAGGCGGGGGCUGAGGAGGUGGUCCGCAUGGGUGUACUGGCCUCCUAACUCACCCCUACCCUGCCCUGGGCCCUGCCCUGGUUGCCCACAAGGCCUCAGCCCAGUCACAACUGCCAUUUCCAAUCUCUGCUGAGUGUCCCAGACCCAUGAGCUGCCACUCUGUUAUGGUUUUAUUUUUAAUAUAGAGAGAGUUUCAGAUUCCACACUGUUGUCUUUCCUCUGUGCUGGCCUAGGAUAUUAGGAUUCCUCCAUGACUCUGGCCACAAGGGCCAUGGCAGGUCCUCUGCACCAGUCCUGCUGGGGCAGCCUUUGUAUCCGGGGCUCGCACAGCCCCACCGGCUCCUGGCUAGACAUUGGCAAGGUGAAGAGAGCCCAGGACUGCAGUCCGCUGCCACUGGUGACACAGACUUGUUAGGGCAUUAUUUCAUGGCAGAUGGGCCAGCCCAGGGUCUGCCCCGCCUUGCCCCCAAAUCCCACUGGGGUCUACUUGGGGGGUCCUGCUGCACUCUACUGAUCCCCAAGAAAGUUUAAUAAGCGAUCCCUGGCCAGAGUUCUACUCACUGUCACAAGCACAAUGAGCUUCUAUGAGAAAGCACUGAGGGGGCGCAGGUGGCCCGCUGGUUCCACGGGAACCAGAAGCUGUUCUUGAUCAACCCACGUCAUCUGAGGCCUGCCCGCCCACCCCACGACCCUCCCUCCGUUGCUGCUCUGCCCCUGCCAGCAGCGUCCAGCCCAGCGGUUCUGGGAAGGGGUUCCCAGAAUCCUUCCUACGCUGCGCCAUUUACUCAGGGGACUCCCAAACAGCCAGCCGCCAGUGCAGGCAGGGGGCUGUAAGGGAGGGCCAGUGCCCAGACGGGUGUGGGGCUCCGACCAGCCCACUGCAGAGAAGCACUCUGGGGCUCCAACUUCCUUCUUCCUUUGGGGCCAGUCUCAGCUGAAGUCUGGUCACUCUCAGACAGAGCUGAGCAGACCAGACAGUUUGCCUUUUCAAGUUUCCCAGUCCUGCUAAGAGAUGAGCUUCUUCCUCGGUUUCCUUUUGGAAACUCGUCCUUCCAAUAAGCAGUGGGAUCCCGGGGCCCACGGCAGACCAGUGCUGGCCUGCUGGAGCUGUUUUCGGUCUUGCUGGAUGUUCCUGUGUUCCUCUGUCCCUCAGAGCCUU